GUAUUUAUCUGGCAAAAAUCCGUCCAAUUCUAGCUGACUUGCAUUCUCUGGAUAGCAGGCGUAGUGUUUGAAAUCAUUUACUCCGACAUCAUUGCUUUCCACAUUAAAUAAUUACAUAAAGAGAAUACUAUAUGUGCAAUAUCUAUACAUAAGCCGAAAAUGUCCACUGUCACUUUAACUUGGGAGGAAUUCCUACAAGAAGCUGCAGAGUUUCAAAAAAUCUCAGAGCGUCUGGGUGAUGUUUGGAGUUUAUAUAAAAAGGAUGACGAAGAGGGCAACACAUAUCUCAUAUACCAACAAAAAAUACCAAACAUUGCUGAUAUAAAAAGCUCUAAAGAUACUUUGGAGGAGAGUGAUUAUGUUGUGAAAGAUGAAAGUGCAAUUGCGACUCCGCCAACCAACGAACUAUUAAAAGUUGAAUACCACAUCUUAUACAGUAUAUCAUAUCAAGUUCCUGUACUAUAUUUUCGUAUCUUCCGCAGUGAUGGUAGCUUAGUGAAUCUUGAAGAUGCCUGGCACAUCUUUAGUGGCUACGGCGGCAAUGCCAGCCAGCCAACCAAUGCAGACAUGCUAAGUAUUAUGACACAGUUGGAUCAUCCGGUUUUGCGUAAACCGUAUAUUUCAAUACAUCCCUGUCGCACAGCCGAGUUGUUAGCACAAGCCGGACUCAGUCGAAAUCGUGUACUUACAUUUAUCAGUUUGAUGGGACCCUAUGUACAACUGGCUUUAAGAAAUGAAUAUGGCAUAGAGUUUACAGAUAUUUAACCGGAUGUUCAUACAUACAUACAUACGUAUGUGAUAUGCGCACUAAAAAGUCAAAAGAAUACUUACACAUGUUUUUUAAUCAAAAAAUGCAACGCAGAAAGUAUGCGCACUAUUUAUUGCUAUGCAUCUAUGUAUGUAUGUAUUAUGCAUACAUAUGUAUUUAAUUGCAUUUAGUUUAUUAACAUUUAAAAUUACAUAAACAAGUUAACAAUUAUAAAAUUAAAUAAAUUAUUCAUCUAUACAGCAAAAGUAAACAAUAUUACACACUAGUCAAUAUUGGACCAUUGCUUACAUUUACAAAAACCAUAAGCCAUGAGUUGUGCCAAAACAAUUUGAUUCAAUUACCAAAUUUCUUAUUCUAAGUACUUUAAAGUUAAAAUCAAAAGCUGCAGAAAAUGCUUUGUAAUUAAGUUAGUUUUUCCAUCGAAUAUUUCGUGUUAUAAUUGUACUAAAUUUCUAAGUUGCAUGAAAUUUUAUUCAACAUAAGCAGAUGUAUAUUUGUUUACAUUAACUGUAAAUGCAUAUGUAUUUAUUAGUAUAUAUGGAAUUUUUAAGUAUUUAUUUCCCUAAUUGUCAUACUAUUUAAUGCUAAUUAAGAAUAAUUAUAUGUAUUUUAUAUACAUAUUUGGACAUGAAAUCGCGUUUUCCAGUUAUAA